GGAGAAUUCAGCGCGGUGCCACACCACCGCCGUCGUGAGCAAAGGCAUUUUCCGAGGAUUUUCGCGCUAGCGGAGUCGCUCUGCACUGCCCGCUACGCAAUCGCUGCGAGAAGGUGACUCGGGUUGCGCAUUAAGGAAGACAUCAAGCAGCUUAUAAGGUUGGACGAUCCCGACACAAGCCUCACGAGCAAGCACUUGCGCCAUGCCGUCUUCGCUGCCCUACGUUCCCAGUAUCAAGCCCUCCUACGCGCAGCAUCGCAACAGGCUGGAACUGGAAGCAAAGGUGAAGGGCAUGUCGUGCGCGAACCUCGACAUCGUUGUGAAAGAUGUCGGGACAAACAGCCCCCUAUUCCAAGCAAAGGGCAAGUACGUCUUCUUUGCCAAUGGAGUGGACGUAAAAGCAGCGCACGGCGCGCUUCUCUACCGCGUACGGCAGAGGAGACUAUCGCGCCGCAAGGUGUACAAAGUCACCGACGGUGAAGUUCCAAAGGACGGGGCAUCUGUGCUCAUGCAGGCACAAGCCCGCCGCGCGUUGAGCGACUGGACAGACCUCGCCAUCCACUGCACAUCUUCUUCCGACAACGGUGGACAGCCACGUCCUUCGAUGCUGAAGAUUCGCACCUCACAUGAUACGAUCGAGGUCCUAACAGACAACGGCCUCGUUUUAGGGCAGAUCAUAAGAAGCAAAUCUGCCUUGAUCAGACUCAGCUCCGCUCAGUCGUACCGCAUGCUGAUCUCGCCUGGCGUGGAUGCCUCACUCGUCGUUUUAGUAUUUGUAUGCAUGCACAUGCAGCGCCUCGUCCGCAAGAGCACCAUGAGUACGGUGGCCGUCACCGCUGCCGCGGCCUGAAAUGCAUAUCGAGGUCUGCUGUGCCCUAAGUGGCUAGAGCAGAGCAGCCGGAGGGACUCUUCUUCUAGUCAUGUGUACAGCUACUGCCGUGGGUGUUUGUAUCUAAUCGAAGGGCAGCCAUGUCAACUCAGCAUUGUCGAGGCCAUCUCGUCCCG